AUGGCAGAAUAUGAAGCAUGCAUCAUGGACAUUCGCGCGGCUAUAGAGCGUGAAAUCAAAGUGCUAGAGGUAUAUGGAGAUUCUGCAUUGGUAAUAUACCAACUCAAGGGUGAAUGGGAAACGAGAGAUCCCAAAUUAAUUAGUUACCAAAAGUUGGUUCUCAAAUUGAUUGAAAAGUUUGAUGACAUUACUUUCUGCUAUCUUCCACGAGAUGAAAAUCAAAUGGCUGACGCGUUAGCUACUUUAGCCUCCAUGAUUAAAGUGAAUAGACAGGAGGACAUGAAGCCUAUCCGAAUGAGCAUCUAUGAAACUACAGCUCAUUGUUGCAAUAUUGAAGAAGGAGAAAAGGAUGACAGCCCGUGGUAUCAAGAUAUAUUACGAUAUGUGAAGAAUCAUGAAUAUCCUGAUCAGACAGCUGAGAAUGAUAAAAGGACUCUGAGAAGACUAGCCAUUGAUUAUGUCUUAGAUGGGGAGAUCUUAUAUAAAAGAGGGAAGAAUCAGGUACUAUUAAGAUGUGUGGACGCUGUGGAGGCUAAAAGAAUCUUGGAGAAGGUCCAUGAGGAUGAAUAUGUUGAUAUUCCUCAACGCAUUCCUUUAAUUGCUAUUGACAAUGAUCAGAAACAGUCUAUUAUACCUGAUAUUGUUCACAUAGCAACUCUUGAAAAAGUCAAUGUCGUUGAAUCUCAUAGUCAAGUAUAA